CACACACACACACACACGUCUAUACCUUUAUUUGCUUGUUCUUCUUGUUCUUGUUCUUCUUAUUUAUUUAUUUUUUCUUUUGGCAAAUCAAUCAUAUGUUCAAAAUAACACCAAAAUUACACGAGAAAAUCCAACAUUUUGCAAGGUUUCCUCAAACAGGAGUGUCUCUGAGACAGAUGGUCUUGUUUGGUCAAAAACCCUCUCAAGCAAGUCUCUUCAAGGCCAGUCAGUUCUUGCAUGAGGAAUUACCGAUUCGACUUGCUCAUCGUGUCAAGGAUCUGGAGGAAUUACCCCGUUACUUAAGCGAGAUGCCGUCUAUUCUCAAAGUAAAAGACUGGUACGCUCAGUCAUUUCAGGAACUUAUUGAAUUACCACCACCUCGUCUGUCGCGAGAAAUGAAAGAAAAGUUGAAACACGCUAGCAAGAAUGCUAGUCAGACCAUACCACCUUGUGUACCUAAUCCUGCUAAUGUUCAUCUGGCAAGACCUCACCUCGAAGCAAGAUUAAUGACUUUACCUAUUGGUCAUCGGUACUUUAAUCCAGUCGAAGACAUCAGAUGUUCUCCCGAGGUUCUUACUUACACCGAUAGUUUUGUAAAAACUAUCGAGGGUGUCAAGCGGCGACAUGACCCGGUUGUCACCACAGUCGCUCAAGGUAUACUGGAGUACAAGGAACAUCGGAAACCUCAAGUGGUUGAUACUGAAGUGGAGAAAUUUCUUGAUCGAUUCUAUAUGUCCCGUAUUGGUAUUCGAAUGUUAAUUGGCCAGCAUUCAACCUUGUACCGUGGUCCAUUUCGGCAGGAUUAUGUAGGCGUAAUUUGCACAAAGACAAGUAUCCGGGAAAUUGCCCAGGACGCUAUUGCCAAUGCGCGCUACAUCUGUGAAGAGCAUUACGGUUUAUUCAAGGCACCCGAGGUCAAGAUGUUCUGUCCGGGAGAUAUUGAGUUUAUGUAUGUUCCGUCCCAUUUGAACCACAUGAUCUUUGAGCUCUUGAAGAACUCGCUUCGAGCGGUAGUCGAGAGAUAUGGGAGUGAUUAUGAAGACGACUAUCCACCUAUUAAGCUAGUCAUUGCUCAUGGAAAGGAGGAUAUUACUAUCAAGAUUUCGGAUGAAGGCGGUGGAAUUCCUCGCUCAUCUCUUCCAGAUGUCUGGGCUUAUAUGUACACAACUGCUGAACGACAAGAACUGGAGCCAGAAUUUAACAAGAGUGAAUUCAAGGCACCCAUGGCUGGAUUUGGCUAUGGUCUUCCUAUCUCUAGACUGUAUGCACGGUAUUUUGGUGGUGAUCUGAAGCUGAUAUCAAUGGAAGGAUAUGGUACAGAUGCAUAUCUUCACCUCAACCGUCUUUCAAAUAGUGAUGAGCCUCUCAUAAUGUAA